CUGCCAUGCAUUUUUAUUUGGAGAGCUGGCCGGCCAGAGGCCUCUUGCUUCUUGCUGCUAUCUAGUAUCUAUCCUCCCUCUAGCAGCUUAAUUAGCAGCUUGCUCUAGUACACACGAACGAACGGUACGUACGUCCAUCGCUAGCUCGCUCGCCAUGGCCUCCCUCUCCUCUGCCACCAUCACCGCCCCUUCCGCCUUCGCCGCGCCGGCCGCCCGCGCCGUGGCCAGGAGGUCGUCCUUCACCGUGCGCGCCUCUCUCGGCAAGGCCGCCGGCACGGCCGCCGUGGCCGUGGCCGCCAGCGCCCUUCUUGCCGGCGGCGCCAUGGCCCAGGAGGUGCUGCUGGGCGCAAACGGAGGCGUGCUCGUCUUCGAGCCCAGCGAGUUCACCGUCAAGGCCGGCGACACCAUCACCUUCAAGAACAACGCCGGGUACCCGCACAACGUCGUCUUCGACGAGGACGAGGUGCCCAGCGGCGUGGACGCCACCAAGAUCUCGCAGGAGGAGUACCUCAACGCGCCAGGCGAGACCUACUCCGUCACCCUCACCGUGCCGGGCACCUACGGCUUCUACUGCGAGCCGCACCAAGGAGCCGGAAUGGUCGGCAAGGUCACCGUCAACUAACUACGUCCUACUACUAGUAUCUUCUCCAUAUAUAUUGCGCCGCCAUGGAUCCGGCCACCAUGCAUAUUCCUCCUCCUCCUCCUCCUCCUCCUCCUCCUCCUCCUCCUCCUCCUUACUAGCUGUUGCAUUUCCUGCUUUAUUUGUACUCCGGUCCACAUGCAUCCUCGAUUAUCCACCGUCCGUACCAUCGAUCGAUCUCUUCUUUCACACCAACAAUGCAAGAAGCAGUGCCGUGCAGUGUGUGUAUGAGAGUGAGAGCUAGAGACCCGCCUUCUUUUUGUUUGCUGAUGAAUCGAUACAGUCGUCAUCGUGAUUUAUGUUCACUACUGCAAUAACAAUUUCAGUCACAAAAGGUUAACAGAAGCGGGCGAGACACCCGUCUCUGAUUACA